AUGGCUGUGCGACGCGUUAGUUUGGGAAGAACGCUCUCACGAUACUGCUUUUUCGGUUUGGCCGCUCUUUCUGUUUAUCUUCAACAAGCAAGCAUGGCACCAAAUCAGUUCCCGUCGAAUGGUCGGACGUUAAGCGGAGAGGUCGAGAACAGGAGUGAUUUCGUUAGAGGUCAAGUGUUGAAGAACCUUCUAACCUUUUACGCUUCAAUAAGGGAUCAAAAUGUUGUAAGAGAUGGGAUUCAGUUGAGGGCAAAACUAAACUAUGAUCGAUCGAAACGGGAAAGCAACGAAGAGUCUUGUGAUCAGUUCAGCGUGCAAGCAAAUUGCUCCAAGUGUGGAUUCCAUGGUAUUUGCGUGCGCGGUUCUGCAAGAAUUUCUCCUUGGCUUUCUUUCGCUUUAAAAACACAGCGAGAGCUCCAAAUUGACAUUCCCAUUAAUCUUGUGCAAGUUCUUGGAGCUCAUAAUUCCUACAACAACAGAGCCAGUGGAUAUGGGGAUUUAGACGAUUGUCAUUGGCCACAUCAAACAGAUGACGUAUGUAUCGCGUUGGCCAAUCAAGAGUUUAGUUUUACGGACCAGCUAAACAUGGGCGUGCGCAAUAUGGAGAUUGACCUCUGGAAAUGUUUUGAUAAAAUUCGCAUGAGCCACGGUAACCAAAAUUUGUUAGUUGGAUGCUUCCCAUGGGAUGCAGAAUUCGCUGAUGGAAUGAAAGAAAUCUCGGACUGGACUAAUAAACACGAAAACCGGAAUGAAGUACUUGAAAUACUUUUUGAUGACCACACAACCCGCCAAGAAGAUUCAUCGAUAAACCAAGUUAUUGAGCAAUACUUCGGUGACAGGGUCUUCACACCGAGUGACUUAAAACAGAAGUUUGGCGAUAAUUGGCCGAGUACCAGACAAUUACGUGAAAUGAAUAAAACGAUAAUUUUCUUGGACGGAAAUAAUCAUUCAGCCCGUUUCCUCCAUAAUCAUUUGUGGAGCAAAGGCUAUACCGUAAAAGGUUUUGAGACACGUGUUAAAAAUUGUUCUACUGUAGGUAAUAGUAAAGACAAAAUUAGAGUCUAUAGUGAUAGCACCGUGUAUGGACCAGUGUAUAAUGGUAUUAGGAACGUAGGAACGAUCAUGGACUUCAAGAAAUAUCUAAUGUGCGGUGUCAGCGUUCUUAGCGCGGACCAAAUAAACGCCGAGCUCAUGGAAACAGCUGUAUUCACGUGGGCUAAGGGUGAACCAAAACAAGCCAUUAAUGAAUCUUCAUGCGUCGUGCUCUCACGUGACAAAAGAUGGUAUGUGAGGGACUGUAACGAGAAACACUAUUACGCAUGCGUUUCGAAACAGGAGGAAAACCGCUGGAGUUUGAGCGCGGGGGUGGGAAAGUAUUUCAGUCCUUUGUGUAAGAAAGGAAUGGAAUUUAGCGUGCCAAAAAAUGGAUAUCAACAUCAACAGCUCGUUCAAGCAGCUCAAGGAAAGACUGUCUGGUUAAAUCUAACGUCAAUUAUACCACUGCUUCUAAAUUAG